AUGACUGGAGUGUUUGUGGAGCGAGCUUUGACCGCCGCAAUUCCAGACAGCCAGAAGCUGAGCAUGGCGAAUCCGGUUAAAAUCCGGCAUGUUUUGGCAAACUUGAAGAACUGUCCACAAGGAGAUGAACUGAUUUGGGAGGAACAGAAGAGACUCGCGAAGCAGGUGGAAGACUUCAAGACUCUCUGCAAAGAAUUUGACACCGAUGGAUCAGGCACCGUUACCAGAGAAGAGUUCAGGCGGCACAUGAGAAACGAUACGAUGGUGUCCUACAUGGCAAGUGUGGGGCUGGAGUUGCAUGAUGUUGAGCAUUUCUUCCGGACCGUGGCUGGCGAAGACCAGGAGGUCAGCAUAGAUCGUUUUGUGGAGGGAUGUAUGGCUAUGCGUGGGCAUGCAACUGCUCUUGAUGUCCAGAGGCAGCUUUUUGAAAGUAAGAGAUUGGAAGACAAUCUCAACGGAUUCCGAAAGGAAACCCGGGAAACUAUGUCUAAGGUGGAGCGGCUCCUUGUCAAAGCUCUCUCAAAGUCUGAUGUCGAGGAGCCUUGUGAGGAAGCCUCCAAGUGCAAGCCGAAUUCAGCGAAGCCAGAGCAGCUGGCACCAAGUGCUCAGCCACGCUCGCACGCUUGAGGCGACGUAGCCGCCUCACAUAUUCGCCGACUCGGCAUUUCAUUUCAUUUCAUUUCAGAAUGCAGAAUUGAGUUG